AUGCAUCAGUCAUUAAAGCUUCCACUAACAUACAACUACAAUAUCUCGAACAAAAAGGAGCUUGGCAUUGGAAUAGUUCCCUAUAGUCCUCUUGGUCGUGGGUUUUUCGCUGGGAAAGCAGUUGUUGAAAGUCUGCCUGCAGAUAGUUUCUUGGUCUCCCAUCCUCGGUUCCUAGGAGAGAACUUGAACAAGAACAAGAUCAUUUAUGAUCGAAUAGAAACUCUUGCCAGAAAGCACCACUGCUCUCCUGCUCAGCUAGCGUUGGCUUGGGUUCUUGAACAAGGGGAUGAUGUGGUACCAAUCCCUGGGACAACUAAAAUUAAGAACCUAGAUGACAACAUUGGCUCAGUGAGGGUGAAACUUACUGCAGAAGACCUGAAAGAGAUAUCCGAUGCUGUACCAAUUGAAGAAGUGGCAGGUAGUAGAACUUAUGGUAACAUGGUGAAAUCGUCAUGGAACUUCGCCAACACUCCUCCAAAAGAGUCCAAGGUCUGAGCUUAAGCCAAAAGAGUCCAAGGUCUGAGCUUAAGACAUGUCCUAUUCCCCAUUUCACUUGGUUGAUACGGUAUGUUUUAAAACUAGGGAAUGCCAUCGUGUCUGCUGCUGGGUAGUUGCUGAAUGUCAUCGUAUUUGCUGCUGAGUAGUUGCUAGAUUACUUGCAGCAUUUGAUGAACAACCUAAAAAUAAAAAUUUCUAUGGAAUUUUGUGAUAAACUGACCGUUAGAUGUACUUUGUUAAGUGCUUUGGAAGUUAAAUAUCCUUAUAUCUUUCAUUUGAGUUGUAUUACACGAAACUGUUGUUGGUGAUUGUAAAUUACUUUCAGAAUAAGUGCAACAUUUGGAGUGAGCAAGAAUUUUAGAUAACA